AUCUGUCAACUUUGUUGAUCAUUCACGCCAAUUCAACCAGGGUGGCUAGAGAUUGUCCCCAUGUGCGACCAUACCAAAACUUAGAGAAAGAACCUGCACCUUAUCUUCUACUUUAUUUCUUGCAAGAAGUGCACACCCUUUUUACAAAUCGACUCUCACUGAAUCUUAUCAUCUUAUCACUUCUCUUUACUUCUUCCUUUUCAUCACUAUGGCUGAAGCUUUGGUGGGUGGAGCGGUUCUCUCUGCAUUCCUUCAGGUGGCGUUUGACAGAGUGGCUUCUCUUGAGGUCCUAGACUUUCUCAAGGGAAGGAAACACAUUGAUGGAAUGGUGCAAAAGCUGAAGAUAGAGCUGAUGUCUGCUGAUGCAGUGCUCAUUGAUGCAGAGGAGAAGCAAAUUACAAACCCUGCUGUGAAAGAGUGGCUUGACGAGCUUAAAGAUGCUGUUUAUGUUGCGGAUGACCUCCUGGAUGAGAUUGCCUAUGAAGCUUUGAGAUGCAAGUUAGAAGCUGAAUCCACUAGUAAGGUAAGGGGCUUGAUCUCUACUUUUGUUAGUUCAUUUGACAAAAGCAUACAAUCAGAGCUGAAAAAUAUUCUAGACCGAUUAGAAUCUAUUUCAAAACAAAAGGAUGUUCUUCGUUUAGAAAAAGUUGCUGCGGUUGGAAUACCUUCACGACCAUUGACAACUUCUUGUCCGGAAGAAUAUGGUGUCUUUGGCAGAGACAAAGAUAAGGAGGCUAUAUUUAUGAAGUUUCAAUCAAGUGAUGCAAGUGAUAAUGGUAUAUGUGUUGUUCCCAUAGUAGGUCUGGGUGGGGUUGGUAAAACAACUCUUGCUCGAUUUAUAUACAAUGACAAAAGAGUAACGGAUAGUUUUGAUCACAAAGCUUGGGUUUGCGUUUCAGAAAACUUUGAUUGUUUUAGGAUAUUAAAAACUAUUUUGGAGGAUGCCACUUUGUCUAUGUGUGAUAUUCAAAACAUGAAUUUGCUGCAAAUUAAAAUUAGAGAGACAUUCAAAGACAAGAAAAUUUUCCUGGUUUUAGAUGAUGUUUGGAAUGAAAAUUAUGAUGAUUGGAUUGAGUUACUUAAAGUUUUUAAAUGUGGGGCACAGGAAAUUAAGAUCAUUGUUACGACACGAAUUGAAAAAGUUGCAUCAAAUGUACGCACAGAUCUAGCUUAUCUUCUAAAUCAAUUGUCAAAUGAAGAAUGCUGGUUGUUAUUUGAAAAACAUGCAUUUAGAAAUGGAAGCUCUGGUGAAUUUCCAUUACUAAGGGAAAUCGGAAAGCAAAUUGUCCAAAAGUGUGGAGGCUUGCCUUUAGCUGCAAAAACACUUGGGGGAUUGCUGCGUUUUGAAGAAGAUCUAAGACAAUGGACAAAGAUUUUGAAGAGUGAUAUAUGGGAUUUACCAAAAGGAAAUAAUAGUAUCCUUCCAGCUCUAAGAUUGAGCUACCACUAUCUCCCAUCACAUUUGAAGCGUUGCUUUUCUUAUUGCUCAAUUCUUCCAAAGGAUUAUGAAUUUAAAAAGAAGGAGUUGGUCAAAUUGUGGAUGGCGGAAGAUUUAUUGCAGCAAUCAAAAGGAAAUAAAAGGAUGGAAGAAAUAGGUGAAGAAUACUUUGAUGAUUUGGUAUCUAGAUUACUUUUUCAACGAUCAAGUAACAACGAAUCAUGUUUCAUGAUGCAUGACUUGGUCAAUGACUUGGCAAAAUUUAUAUUUGGAGAAUUUUGUUUCAAGCUGGAGAUUGAUGAUUCUGGUGUAAUCACAAGAAAGACUCGUCAUUUUUCAUAUGUUAGAACUGAAUUUGAUGCCUUUAAGAAAUUUAACAUGUCCUACGAAGCCAAGGGUUUGCGAACCUUCCUUGGAUUUGAUUUGUCACUGCCUGAGUGGACGCGGAAUAGCAUAUCAGCAAUGAUGAUAGAUGAUUUGUUGUUGACAUUUAAGUGCUUAAGAGUGCUAUCAUUUUCUACCUAUAGAAACAUGAAGGAAUUACCUAAAUCAGUUGGUAAUUUGAAACAUCUACGUUAUUUAAAUCUUAGUUACACUUCAAUUGAACGGUUACCAAAUUCUCUAUGUACUUUGUAUUAUUUACAAACCUUGUUAUUGUCGGAAUGUGAGUACCUUACCAAGCUGCCAACCAAGAUGUGGAGAUUAGUCAACUUGCGGCACCUAGAUAUAGUUAAAACAAAAUUGGAAGAGAUGCCAUUGCAUAUGGGUAAAUUAAGAAAUCUCCAGAGUUUAACUACUUUUAUUGUGAGCAAACAUAAUAGGUCUAAUAUUAAAGAGUUGGGGGAACUUCUACAUCUUUCUGGAGCAUUGUCUAUAUUAAAUUUGCAAAAUGUUCAACAUGCUAGAGAUGCAAUGGAGGUUAAUUUGAAGGAUAAGCAACACCUAUAUGAGUUGGUGCUUGAAUGGGGUCAUGACAAGGACAGUUCAGAAAAUGAAAUAAAUGUGCUUGAACAUUUGUGUCCUCAUUCAAAACUCGAAUCUCUCACCAUUGAAAAUUAUGGGGGUACAGGAUUUCCAAAAUGGUUACAAGAUUGUUCAUUCUCUAAUAUGGUGUACAUACGGCUUGCCAAUUGUAAGUAUUGCUACUCCUGGCCUCCACUUGGGGAUCUGCCUAACCUCAAGAAACUCUUUGUUGAAGGUUUUCAUGUGGUAUCACAUGUGGAUCGUGAGUUCUACGGGGGUGGUUCUUCUGCAGUUAAGCCAUUUAGAUCGCUUGAAAUAUUGAGCUUUAAAGACAUGCCAGAGUGGCAGGAAUGGUUUUUAUUUGAAGGCAAAGAUGAAGAUGAAGGUGGUGUUUUCUAUAAUCUCCAAAAGCUUUGCAUAAUUAAAUGUCCUAAACUAAGCAGAGGUCUGCCCAACCACCUUCCUGCUUUAAUGGCACUUCAAAUUGAAGACUGUCCGCAGCUUGUUGCUUCACUUCCUAGAUCUCCGAAUCUCAGUAAAUUGCAGUUAAGUAAUUGUGAUGAGUUACUAUUGAAGGAAUUACCACCUAGGCUAUUACAGCUUGAAGUUGGAGAAGGACGUAUCCUACAAUCCUUUGUAGAGCUUAUGAUGUCUAUCCCAGGAGGUGGUCUACCCACUACAUUAAAAACACUUUCAGUUCAAGGAACAUUUCUGUUGCCAAGGAGGCAUUACUAUCCAUCACUUGAAGAAUUGGCAAUUGAAGGUGGUUUUGAUUCACUCUGGUGUUUUCCAUUGGAGUUCUACCCAAAGCUCAAAUCUCUUCUUGUGUCUGAUAGUGAAAGUCUUGAAUCUCUUUCGGUAUCAGAGGGAUCUCACCGGGAUCUUAUUUCUCUCACUUCUUUGAGAAUCUUUAGUUGCCCAAAUUUUGUGUCCUUUCCUAAUGGAGGAUAGUGCGCCCCAAAUUUGACAGAGAUUUGUAUCUUCAGUUGUGAAAAGUUGAAGUCACUACCUGAAGGGAUGUGCACCCUUCUCCCAUCUCUUGAGUCUUUGGAAUUGUUUAAAUGUCCAGAACUAGAAUCAUUUCCCAAGGGCGGUUUGCCCUCCAAUUUAGUUACCCUUGACAUUGCCAAAUGUCACAAACUCUUUUCCCGUCGCAUGGAGUGGGGUUUGCAAGGUCUUCACACCCUCAAACAAUUCAAAAUUUGGAAUGGAAUUGAAAAUGUGGAGUCCUUUCCGGACGAGGCAUUGCUGCCUUCCACCCUUACCGAAUUUACCAUUGGAGGGUUUCCAAAUCUGAAAUCACUCAACUCUAAGGGAUUUCAACACCUCACCUCUCUUCAACGCUUGGAGAUUCAAUCUUGCUAUGGCCUCCGGUACUUAACAGAAGAGCGCUUGCCUGCUUCUCUUUCUUUCCUAAUUCUCAGACAAUGCCCUCUUCUAAAACAACGGUGUCAAAGAGAUAAAGGGAAAGAUUGGCCUAAAAUUUCACACAUCCCUUUCAUACAGAUUGAAGAUGAAGUUAUAACAUGAGCUACGAGCUAUGAGUUGACAAGCACUUCCGUGCAAAGUGUCACUUUCUGACAAGUGCCUCACACAUGCACCCAGCAUUGAUUUUGUGCUACCAAGUGCCGCUGAUCCUCUUGCAUUUUAUAAACUAUGAAAUUUCUAUUUAUGUUUCAAGCAGCUGUAAAACAUCUUCUUUCUUUAUCAAAGAGUCCCUUGCUCUCACUUUUUCUGGAGUGCUCUUUCUUCAUUAUCCAAGAUCCAUACACCAAUUUCAAGUUUGGACUUUUGAAGUCAUGGACAAAGACUUUUGAGUAAAUUACUAAUCUCAGUGGCUAUUUAAUCUACGGUAUACAUUGGGGCAAUUUGAAGCUAUUUCUGCUUCAAUAUCUUCAAAUAGCAGCUAAUUCUUUUAUGCAAGGGAAUCUUUGGGAUGAAUGAUGCUGGUCACUUAAAAAAAAUUUUUAUCUUGAGGAUUUUUGAUUUUUUGAAUCCUCUGCUCACAUUCCAACUGGAGGGAACUGCAGCAUUAUUCAGCACCUUCAUUUCGUGUCCAAGCUCCCGGUGGUACAACAAGACAAAGGAAGAUCGAGGGAAUGGCAAGUCUCUGUGGCAGAUGGAACCUAGUGCAGACUUGUUGCUACCAUUAUCACAUUUUUGAGAUUGAAAAUCACUUCUCACUCUUAGUGAGAGAUGUUCUUUUGAUUGUACAAUGCAGACGUAACAGACAUCAUAUGAUCGUGGAAGACAUCCCCUGUUGGUAUAUGUAAUCAUGAAGAAAUCAACUAAUGGAGUCUUUUCUGCUGGCGGUCCGUGCUUGGAAUUCUUACCUCGUUUGUUGUCUCUAAUGGAAACUAUGUGGGCUUGCAAGUCUUGGAGCACAACAAAUUCAUACUGGAUGGAUCAUGCAAUUAAAGGAGAUUAACAAGCAACCUCUCUAUGAGCUUUGGGAAUUGAUGGUGGAGAGCAAGAAAUAAGUCUUCUCCAGAAUUUUGGUUCUUUCUUCUCUUCCACACUCCUGAGUGCUCAAAAGGCUCAGCAAAUCACUGAUCUCGUUGUCCUUGCAGUCCUCACCAGAAGGGGCUGUCCAACUCCGUUCUUGCUAACAAGGAUUCUAACACUAUGCCGAGAUAGUGGAGCCAGAGGCGAAGAGGGGAAAACUGUCCCAAGAUAGCUCAGGUGCUCGUUCCAUGAAAGAUUGUCAUUCUUGAGGCUGUCAUGUCACCACCUGCAAUUACCAGUACAUGUUUUCAAACCAGAGGGUGUUCAGUGGUUGAUAGUGUUGUUCAAUUGAUUUGUGCUUUGUGUAUAAAAUCUGGACCUCCAAUCAUGAAUGAUAUUUAAAUCUUAAUUGUUCUUCAGAUUUUCAGGCACAAUAUGUGCAACAUGUUGAGGCUUCCAACAAUUUCUUCCUAAAAAUUACUUGAUAUCAUCCUAUUGAUGAAUUCAGUAAUUAUAGGUUUGGUUUUAAGAUCUAGAGUGGUUUCUUCCAAUCAACUUUGACCUUCUGCAAUAAAAAAUUCCAAACAUGUCUGUCCUGCCAGCUUGUUCUGUUUACUUCAUAUCAAGUUUGGACCUCCAUGUGUGCAUUAGUACAAUGAUAAGCAAAGGAGAGAUUGGUUCCACAUAGCUCCAAUGUUCAGAUUCUAGAUUUGGUUGGCAACAGAUUGCUUAGGAUUAAAAAAAAAAAAAGGUUAUGGCAUUAUAAAUUGAGUGAGGGUAUUUUUGUAAUCCCAUCCCCAAGAUAUUUCUAAUUAGUGGCUCCCCGAAAAAGAGACCAUUUCGGGUGUUUGUAGCAGAGGGAGCUCCAAGGUUUGUGCAACUGCAUAUUAUUUUUUAGGUGGUGUAAUUUUCCUCUCUCUAAUGCCAUUUAUUUUAAAAUUAGGUAUCAGGGACAUCUUCUUGCAAAAGAUUUGGUCACAAGAGGUUUACAAACUACACUAACUACUGAUUCUGCAGUUUUUGCCAUGAUUUCCUGUGUGAACAUGGUUAUACUUGGAGCACAUGCUGUCAUGGCCAAUGGUGGGGUUAUAGCACCUGUUGGGUUGAAUAUGGUUGCAGUUGCAGCUCAAAGGCAUGCUGUCCCUUUUGUUGUACUUGCUGCUAGUCAAGUUGUGCCCUCUGUAUCCACACAAUCCUGAGGUCUUACUGAAUGAGCUGAGAUUUUGGAGAAUUCUCAGAUUGCAUGGAUUUUGGAACUGGCACUGCUUCCCCUCUUCUUCAUGUGGUCAAUCCAACAUUUGAUUAUGUGCCACCAAAGCCCGUUAGUCUUUUUAUUACUGACACAGGGGGGCACAAUCCAUCAUACGUGUAUCAGCUGAUUGCUGAUUAUUACUCUGCUGAUGAUUUGGUGGUGCAACGAAGAUCUCCUACAGCAAGUUGAGUUUAGCUUUUUGGACAUUUGUUGGAUUGGAAAUGAAGUUAUAACAUGAGCUACAAGCUAUGAGUUGACAAGCACUUCCGUGCAAAGUGUCACUUUCAGAAAAGUGCCUCACACAUGCACCCAGCAUUGAUUUUGUGCUACCAAGUGCCGCUGAUCCUCUUGCAUUGUAUAAACUAUGAAAUUUCUAGAGUUUCAAGCAUCUGUAAAACAUCUUCUUUCUUUAUCAAGGAGUCCCUUGCUCUCACUUUUUCUGGAGUGCUUUUUCUUCAUUAUCCAAGAUCCAUACACCAAUUUCAAGUUUGGACUUUUGAGUAAAUUACUAAUCUCAGUGGCUAUUUAAUCUACGGUAUACAUUGGGGCAAUUUGAAGCUAUUUCUGCUUCAAUACCUUCAAAUAGCAGCUAAUUCUUUUAUACAAGGGAAUCUUUGGGAUGAAUGAUGCUGGUCACCAAAAAAAACUUAUUAUCUUGAGGAUUUUUGUUUAUUUGAAUCCUCUGCCCACAUUCCAACUGGAGGGAUCUGCAGCAUUAUUCAGCACCUUCAUUUUGAGUCCAAACUCCUGGUGCUACAACAAGACAAAGGAAGAUUGAGGGAAUGGCAAGUCUCUGGUAGUUUCAUUUUUCCCCCCUUAAGCUUAAGUAUUCAUUUCUAACAGAUUGAUUCUUUUAACAAUUUAGACUAUAAAGUGCAAUUGAGAAGUAUGGCUGCCUGUUUAAUGGACUUAACAAGUGGCAGAUGGAACCUAGUGCAGACUUGUUGCUACCAUUAUCAAAUUUUUGAGAUUGAAAAUCACUUCUCAGUCUUAGUGAGAGAUGCUCUUUUGAUUGUACAAUGCAGACGUAACAGACACAUCACAUGUGGGUGGAAGACAUCCCCUGUUGGUAUAUGUAAUCAUGAAGAAAUCAACUAAUGGAGUCUUUUCUGCUGGCAGUCCCUGCUUCGAAUAUUUAUCUCGUUUGUUGUCUCUAAUGGAAACUAUGUGGGCUUGCAAGUCUUGGAGCACAACAAAUCCAUGCUGGAUGGAUCAUGCAAUUAAAGGAGAUUAACAAGCUGCCUCUCUAUGAGCUUUGGGAAUUGAUGGUGGAGAGCAAGAUAUAAGUCCUCUCCAGAAUUUUGGUUCUUUCUUCUCUUCCACACUCCAGAGUGCUCAAAAGGCUCAGCAAAUCACUGAUCUCGUUGUCCUUGCAGUCCUCCCCAGAAGGGCUGUCCAAUCCGUUCUUGCUAACAAGGAUUCUAAAUUGUCCUAUGCCGAGAUAGUGGAGCCAGAGGCAAAGAGGGGAAAACUGUCCCAAGAUAGCUCAGGUGCUCGUUCCAUGAAAGAUUGUCAUUCUUGAGGCUGUCAUGUCACCACCUGCAAUUACCAGUACAUGUUUUCAAACCAGAGGGUGUUCAGUGGUUGAUAGUGUUGUUCAAUUGAUUUGUGCUUUGUGUAUAAAAUCUGGACCUCCAAUCAUGAAUGAUAUUUUAUAUCUUAAUUGUUUUUCAGAUUUCCAAGCACGAUAUGUGCAACAUGCUGAGGCUUCCAAUAAUUUGUACCUAAAAAUUACUUGAUAUCGUCCUAUUGAUGAAUACAGUAAUUAUAGGCUUGGUUUUAAGAUCUA